AAGGAAAACGUUUUCUCGUAAGGUUAAUUUUAAAGUUGAAAAUUAAAAUAAACUAACUAAUUAUUGAAAUUGUCUCCAGAUCUUCAUUUAUAAUUAAAAAUACAAAUUUAUUCAAGUACUUGUGAUCGUUUUUGCAUAAUUACAUUUCCAUAUAUUGUAAUUGUUAGAAUCCACAAACCACAUUCACUUCUUUCAUAUUUUUCGCUAUUUUUUAUUCGUCCUCGUAAUAAUGCGAACACUUUAACAAUUGCUCUUUAGAGACAUUCAUCGAAAGAAUUAUAUUCAAUAAGGCGUCAAAUAACGACGAACCAAUACAGUAUAAACAUUGAAAAUGCGACAGAGUUCGUAAGAAUUGACGAGGGACAGAGUAUCAACCGAUAGAGAGCAGUUGAUCAAGAAUGAAUUCUGAAGGUGAAAUUGAGGAGGAAAACCAAAAUGACUUAACGAAGCUUCUCACGGAGGAAUCUUACGAACCAUCGAAAAAACUUCAUGACAAAAUGGGUAGAUUUUUAGGUCCACAAUCGGAUGGCGAGGCACACCACGAUGAAGAAAUUGAACUUUGUGAAAUAAGUGACGGAGAAGCGACAACGCAAACUAGGAUAUCAAGACCAGUCACUGGGAUAUGGAUAUUUCAAGCAAUCCCUAAACGUUUCAUAAUUUUAGUUAUGAUUGCACUGGCUAAUUUCAACAUGUAUUGCAUAAGGAUGUGUGUGAACGUAACCAUUGUAGCAAUGACGCACGGAGAAGAUGACCAGCAUAACACAACGGAAUCUCGUUUAUCAAGAGACGAGGAGCCAGAAUUCCACUGGAGCACACAAUUUCAAGGUACAAUUCUGGCGUCCCUUUACUGGAGCUAUACUGCUCUUCAAAUACCGGCAGGAUUGCUUUGCGCAAAGUAUGGCAGUUCAUUUCUACUUGGUAUUGCAAUUUUUGGCUCCUCGGUUCUUACGCUUUUCACACCACUGAUCGUUAGGGCGAACGUCAGUGCCUUCAUAGUACUACGGGUACUGGAAGGUGCAUUCUUGGGUUUGGUGGCGAGUUCAAGCAUUGAUUUAAUAAGCAAAUGGUCACCUAUUUACGAAAGGAGUAUUUUCGUCACCGUUUCAUAUGCAGGUCUUCUGUGGGGAACAGUUUUUGCGAACUCAAUAAGUGGUCUUCUGGCCGGUAGUUCAUACGGAUGGCCGUCCGUUUUUUACUUCUUUGGAGCUCAAGGAGUCCUCUGGUAUUUAUGUUGGCUGUAUCUGGGGGUGGAACAACCAGCCGAUCAUCCUACUAUAUCUCGUUCUGAGAUACAAAAGAUUGGAAAACACUGGACAACUAAAUUGAAAUUUCGUGAAAUUCCAUGGAGACAUAUGCUCACAUCGAUAAGAGUUUGGGCGAUCAUACUUCCCGUCUUCAUGGAUUGUUGGUGUUUCUACACAUUUAUGUUUUCACUUCCAAGCUAUCUCAGCGAUGUUCAUAAACUAGAUAUAACAACGAUUGGUUUCACUAGUUCCAUUCCUUAUGUAGUAGCAGGACUUCUCACACCUGCAUGGGGAUUUUUCAUAGAUAUGUUGAGAAAACGAAAAUAUUUAAGCACAACAAAUGCCAGAAAACUCUCUUAUUUGUUUGGUGCUGGAAUAGGCGGAGUCUUUAUCUUUGCCAUGGUUUAUGCAUCUAAUGCCUCAACUGCUAUUGUCAUAGCAACCAUAGCAAUUACAGUAUCAAACUUUAGCGCAAGUGGUCCAGGAGCAAACUUGGUUGAGCUUGCACCAAAGUAUUCAAGUGUAUUAAUGGGUAUUUCUAACUUUGCUUGUAAUAUCACUGGUUUCAUUUCACCAGAAGUGGUUGGAAGUCUUACAGAGCACGGGAAUAUUCAUCAUCAAUGGGCAAUUGUAUUCUAUAUCACGGCUGCCAUCGAGGUUUUUGGAAUGCUCUUGUAUCUUGUAUUUGGUUCGUCAGAAAAACAACCAUGGGCUAAUAAUUGAGUCGUUCACUCACUUUCUAAAGUCUCUGUGGCCUCCCAGAGCAUUUUUAUGUUUUAUAAUUCAUCGUUCUUUUAUUUUUAAUCACUAUAACAUUCAAUAUUUAGAAAAUAGUUAUUAAAUUUUUGUUGCAGUA